CCUCGGCUCCGCUCCCGUCCCGACUCCAGGAUGUCCGACAGCAACGCAAGUCCCACCGACCGGGUGAUCAAAUCGGUCCCCUUCCCCCUGGCCCACCGGCUUACCAUGAAGGAGGUGUUUGACGCCGAAGGCCGGCCGCGGGUGGACCUACUCAAAGCUCACCUCACCAAGGAGGGCCGGCUGGAGGAGGCCGUGGCCCUGCGCAUCAUCGAUGAGGGUGCCGCCAUCCUGCGCCAGGAGCGCACUAUGUUGGAUAUAGAGGCGCCAGUCACGGUGUGUGGAGAUAUUCAUGGCCAGUUCUUCGACCUGAUGAAAUUGUUUGAAGUGGGAGGUUCUCCUGCCAACACGCGCUACCUCUUCCUGGGGGACUAUGUGGACAGGGGCUACUUCAGUAUCGAGUGUGUGUUAUACCUGUGGUCACUGAAAAUCCUCUACCCAAAGACGCUCUUUCUUCUACGGGGAAACCAUGAAUGUAGACAUCUGACAGAAUAUUUCACCUUCAAACAAGAAUGUAAGAUCAAGUACUCGGAGCAGGUGUAUGACUCCUGCAUGGAGGCGUUUGAUUGCCUGCCCCUGGCAGCCCUGAUGAACCAGCAGUUCCUGUGUGUGCAUGGGGGGCUUUCACCGGAGAUCCACACGCUGGACGACAUCAAGAAGUUGGACCGGUUCAAGGAGCCCCCGGCGUUUGGGCCCAUGUGCGACCUGCUGUGGGCCGACCCCCUGGAAGACUUUGGCAACGAGAAGACCCAGGAAUACUUUGGUCACAACACAGUGAGAGGCUGCUCCUAUUUCUACAGUUACCCAGCAGUGUGCGAGUUCCUACAGACCAACAACCUGCUGUCAAUCAUCAGAGCGCAUGAAGCACAGGAUGCUGGGUAUCGUAUGUACAGGAAGAGUCAGACUACAGGUUUCCCCUCCCUCAUCACCAUCUUCUCUGCUCCAAACUACCUGGAUGUCUACAACAACAAAGCGGCGGUGCUGAAGUACGAGAACAAUGUGAUGAACAUCCGUCAGUUCAACUGCUCUCCUCACCCCUACUGGCUGCCCAACUUCAUGGACGUCUUCACCUGGUCGCUUCCUUUCGUGGGAGAAAAGGUGACUGAGAUGCUGGUCAACGUCCUGAGUAUCUGCUCUGAUGACGAACUCAUGAACGACGGAGAGGAGAUCUACGAUGCCAGUGCAGCAGCAGCCAGGAAAGAGGUGAUCAAAAACAAGAUUCGAGCCAUUGGGAAGAUGGCUAAAAUGUUCUCUGUUCUACGGGAGGAGAGUGAGAACGUGUUGACCCUGAAGGGGCUGACCCCUACAGGCAUGCUGCCCAGCGGAGUGUUGUCUGGGGGCAAACAAACCCUGCAGAGCGCUACCAUUGAGGCCAUAGAAGCCAUCGAGACAGUUAAGGACGCUGAAGCCAUCCGAGGCUUCUCCCCGCAGCAUCGGAUCAGCAGUUUCGAGGAGGCCAAAGGUCUGGACCGGAUCAACGAGAGGAUGCCUCCGCGACGUGACGCCGUCAACAGUGUGGGGCUGUCGAUGGGCCGCAUGAACAUGGGAGAGCCCAAUGGGACCGACAGCAACAGCAAUAUACAGUGAUGGACAUACACUCCCACAUGCCCAGACACAUACCUGCAGUUACAACUCUGAUAUGGUACCAUAUUUAUAGAAUCGUGUACAUAUAUACAUAUAUACACACAAGAAUACAUCACAUACACAGACACAGUAUUUCAUACACUGAAUAGGCUACAUCACACACACACACACAUGCAAAUCACACACACACACACACACACACAUGAUUACCUACCCCUCUCCCGUUGCCCUCUGCUGUAUGUAAAGGCAUGAGCGUACCUGGACUUAACCACCAAAGGCUGAGUCUCUUCACUGAACUGAUCGGUCCUAUUUAGAGAACUACAACUUCCAUGUACCUGCACAACAACAGGAAAGAAACUAUAAAAACACUCCCCAUGCAAAACAGGAGGAGCUGCUGUUCACCGUGUAUGUUGGGGAUCACCAGUGGGUUGACAGUGUCAGCAUGACGUGGCUGUGUCGAUGGUGUGUGUUGUGUUGGCGGGGUCAAGUUUCUGCGGGGGUGGGGGGGUUGGCGAUCAGGGGGUGGGGCAUUAAAGAUAUGUAUGCUUCUUUUUCCUGUUUGCAUCCCAAAACAGGAAGUGGAACCAAACUUGGUUGGUUUUAUAAGGUUGUGGAUAUGCCUGCCUGCGUGCGUGCACAUGCUUCAACAUGUAAAUGUCCGUGCGGUUAUAUUUGAAAAUGUGUUUUCGUUUGCAAACAUGAGCAGAUCUCGCCAACAGCCCGGCAACAGCGAGAACAUUUUCGACGUGUGGUGUGGUGGUUUAUCUGUUGCCGAGAGAUGUGUGGAGUUAAUCUCAGCUGCAGUCUAAUCUGAGCCCUCGCUGUCCUUUUCUUCUCGGGAGGAGGAUUCCCGUUUGCUUUUGUAGCACUACAUUCCCCCCCCAAAAAAAAACUCUGGUCCCAGGCCAGUUAGCUCUCGGGAAAGGCUUGAAACUGGUUCCCGGAUCAGAUUUGAAGCAAGUGUUUCUCCCUACCUGUUACGUGUAAAUAGGUUACAUAGAGAGGUUUUAUUGCACACCUGAUGCAUACGGUCACAAGAUGCAAGAUGCAGUAUAGCGGAAGUAGGAUGCUUUAUGUAAGCGAGGGAGCCGGGGGGAAGUUGAAAUGUGAAGUCAUACUCUAUUCAUUCUCUUUCUACAUCCUCCUUUCCUCCUGUGUUGCUGUCUGCUACCAAACAGCAGUGAUGGCCGGGAAUCGCCGGCCUAAAAAGCAGGAAAUGAUAUUUCACAGAGGAAACAGACUCUUCCAGUUAAGGCAGCAGCCAAGACAACAAGAAGAAGUCAGAAGAAAAGGUCUUUGUAAAGCAUUUAUAUUAACGCAUCAGUGCAUGCAAAGUUAAGUUCUUUGAUAAUAAUGUGAAGAUUAUAUUUGUGCUCUGUGUUUCACUAUGGUAGGAAUCUUUUUUUUCUUUUUGUUUUUCUGGCUAAUAUAAAUGAACUGAGGAAUAAUGAAUAAUUUAUUUUGUACAUAAUGUUAAUUUUAUUUAAUUUUUGUAUUCAUUUUGUGUUAUAUUAUUUUAUUUUUUCAUGUUUUCUUUUUUUUUCUCUUUUUCUUUUUCACAACCUGUGUUUCUGGUUUCUUUCGACGCUGUACAGAAUGACAGUACGCUUCUAUUCAAAGUAUCAAGUCCACGUUCUCUCCUCUCUUCUUUGUUGAUGUACAGGAGUUGUUUUUAAUGAUAAAUAUGAAUAACGAUUAACAAAUAUUAAACUAGCAUUGAUGAAUGACCAUACUAUAUACAGAGGCACAGGCAUUCAGGCAGCCAAAAGCAUGAUUGCAUGGUUAAAAUUUGCGCUGUUCAAAGCAAAAAGCAGCCAGACACAUUUUAACAGAAGAGCCGGUGUGUUGCCGUCACAAUUUAAAGGAAAAAAAGUGUACUCUCUCUGAUCAUAAUUCUUGAUGAUUCCUCUUGUUAUUUGAUGAUAUUUAUGAUUCUAUGAUUAUUAUGAUUCUAUUUAUUAUGGACAUUAUUCUUAAUAUUUAAGCUCUCUCUCUCUGCUGGUUGCUCUUCAUGUUGCGUUGCUCCUUGGUUGAUCUUGUUGUGCUUCUUUGGGAGAGGUGAACCCCCCUGGGAGACCCUGUGCCAUAGAAAUUGUGCCACGGUUCUUACUUUCUUUCUUCUCUCUGCUCCACAGUGUCUCUCUCUCUCUCUCUCUCUCUCUCUCUCUCUCUGUCUCUCUCCUCUCUUUCUGUUUUGACUCCCCAGUCACUAACACUGUAAGCAUGCCCCAUGGGACGAUCCACUUUUUUACUCUUGAAUAAAAUAUGCAUGAACCUUU